AUGGAAAUUUUUGACCAGAGUGUAGUUGGUGUGUUUGUUCAAGUGCAGCAGAAAGUUGCGGUCGUCACGCUGGCCAGUGCCUUGCUGAGGGAAAAUCAUAAUGCGACUUGCGAUGAUAUUGACGUCCUACUUGGAGCAUACAAUCUUAAAGACGAGGAAGAGCGAUCGCGUGAGCAGUUUGAAGUCAGACGAUUCGAAGUUCAUCCUAAAUACCGACCUGGAGAAUAUUCUUUCGACAUCGCAGUGCUAUUUUUCGCAAAGACACCGACUCAAAACAUGGAAAUCAGAAGGUGCAUUCUACCUCCUGAAAGACCUUCGAGUCAGUCGGCGUGUCACAUAGCCAGUUGGGGAUACGAAAAAGAAGACAGGUCAUUAAAUGAUCGUAAACUGAUCAAAACCAUCGGAGUCAAAAUAUCUACUGGUCAUCCGAUGGCAAGCGGCGAAAGAGGCCAUCUGCUUUACGCUAGUAGAACACAGGGUGGAAGCCUUGUGGAAUUGCAAGACGUGGGCGCACCUCUCCUGUGCCGUGAUAUGAUCUUUUACAACGUUUUCGCCGGCAUCGUUCACAUACCAGCGUCACCCCACGAAUACCACGAAAUUGCGAUCACGAGUGUCUACGACAACGGAGAUUGGUUGCGACAUACCAUACUCUUGGGAUAG